AUGGCUCUUAUUCCAACGUUCCUCGUAUUUUUGUUCCUAAAUGUAUCUUUUAAUAUAGCAGAGUUAUUGCGUAAUCGACCAUCGAUCCAAAAUUUUCAAGAUCACCAUUCCGAAGAAGGUCUCUUGGAGGUCUUUUUAAAUCCGACAUCGAUUAUUGCAAAUGAUCGUGCGAUAAUCGGCAAUAUAAUUGAUAUAGAUCUUAAAGCAGAAGAUAUAAAUUAUGAACUUUAUACCAAGGACAAUAAGGAGCAACCUGUUUAUCUACGAGUGGGUGAUGCUACUCAAUUAAAGGAUUCACCAUUUAAUCCUGAGUGGCCUACCAAGAUUAUUAUUCACGGGUGGGCAGAGAGCGGAAAUGCUUUUUGGCUACACGAUAUUCGGCGAAAUUAUCUUAACGUUGGAGAUUACAAUGUAAUUUGUGUAGAUUGGUUCGCCGGUUCAACAAAAGAAUAUCUAACAUCCGUCAAACUUACUCAUCAGGUGGGAGAAUACGUGGCUGCAUUUAUCGAAUUUCUCGGAUCAGAAACUCAAGUAUCCUUCGAUGAUGUUCACGUUGUGGGACAUAGUUUGGGUGCCCAUGUAGCCGGACACAUUGGUAAUUAUAUAUCGAAGAAGCUCGGUCGAAUUACCGGACUUGAUCCGGCUGGGCCGGCAUUCGAGACGCCUUAUCUUAAAGAUACAGAGGAGCGAUUAGAUGCCGCAGACGCCAAUUUCGUGGAUGUUAUUCACACUUGCGCCGGUAGUUUAGGCUUCCUCAGACCUAUUGGCCACGCGGAUUUUUAUCCGAAUGGAGGAACAUUUAGGCAACCUGGAUGCCCUGUAUUUUCAUCCCAGACCUGCAGCCAUGGUAGAUCGCAUCAGUUUUUCACCGAGUCGAUCGUGCAUCCUGAUGGCUUUGUCGCCGUGAAAUGCUCCAAUUGGAUAGAUUUCCAACUUGGUAAAUGCGGCGAUAACAAUUUUAGCACUGCCGAUAUGGGCGAAUUCAUCAACCCUAACGUUCAAGGUAUUUUUUAUUUGCAAACCAAUGCACAACCACCGUUUGGAAAGGGCAAGAUAAAAUAAGCAGUGA